AUGGCACCUAUACAAAGCAAAGUCUACCGCUUACGAGGAAUUCCUGAGCACCUGGAUCGUCUUGGUGUGACACAGCUUGUCAGCACAUUUGUCCCCGGCGGCGACCUCCGAGAUGUCAUCGUAACAUCUUUGGCUCUCAGCUGCGAAGUAUGGACCGUUUCGCGCUCCAAAGUGGCUACUUUGUCAUUUCAGAAGCUUCCUGAUGCCGUCAGCAAAGAUCCGACAGCAGGAGAGUGGCCACUACGAGUGCUUGCUCUGGCUAAGCCGCUGCUCCUGGAUGAUACAUUUUUUGGACUAUGUCCUUUAAACGACGUCCCAGAACACCAACACAAAUAUGACUGCAUUGUCAUAUCAGGACUUGCCAGCCAUCCUAUGGGCUCAUGGCAGCCGCAUGGAGAGGACAAAUCAUUCAUGUGGAUCCGAGACACCCUGCCUCUUUUAGUGCCUAAUGUCAAGUUUAUUCUGUAUGGAUACGAUACAACGCUGGCUGGAAGCAAGUCAUUCCAAGCGGUAUCAGAUCUCGCAUUGAGCUUCAUCAGCACCCUUCAGCAAGGAGGCUGGACUUCAGCUGGCCAUAGACAGCUGUUGUUCUUCGCUCAUAGCCUCGGAGGGGUCAUUCUAAAGGAAGCUUUCCGUAUGCUAGCUGACAGUGGGGUAACGGAUGAAUUGAUCUUGACUCGCACAAAAGGAGUCAUCUUCUUUGGAGUUCCGAGCCAGGGCCUUGACGUCUCCGAUCUCGACAUCAUGUUGAAGGACCAACCAAACAAAGAUGCACUUGUGAAUGAAAUCUCAAACGAGUCUCCAUUUAUCAAUAUAUUAGAAGAGCAAUUUUCGGGUAUCUCGCAUCUUCGAAAAAUGAAGCUUCUCUGGGCCUAUGAAACCAAGACAACUCCCACACUAACGAUGGCUAAUGGGAAAUAUCGGAGAUCUGGACCCGGAAGAGUUUUCGUGUCUCCUCAAUCUGCAACUAGCCAACGAUAUACAACUGACCCAUCUUCAACUAUACAAAUAAACGCAAAUCACUCAGACAUGGUUAAGUUCUCUCAAGGAAAUGAAGCAAUUGAUCGGAUCGCGUAUAAGCUUCGAGACAUGCUUGAAAGCGACGCUGCGAAAAUUUACGGGGGGGUAAACGACACAGCCGUUGAAAAAAAAAGGACUGUGCAUGAGAGUAACCAAGGAGCUGAAAAAGAAAUGGAACAUGUUGAUAAUUCCCUCGACCCAGACUUCUGGGAUAUAAAAGCUAUCCUAAAGUCGAUCAAUGCUCCGGAACGCGAUCUUCGAUUAGAACAAAUUGACAUAGCGGCCGGGCAUUCUUUCCAGUGGGCAUUCGACAAGGCUUCGGUCGGAUUGACUCGCUGGCUUCAAAGCGAAGAAAAACUGUUCUGGGUAUCCGGAAAGCCCGGGUCUGGAAAGUCCACAUUCAUAAAAUACCUGCACACCAAUCCGCUUACCUCGGAAUAUCUACGCAACUGGUAUCGCAGUACCAAUAAUGUUCAAGCGACAUUCUUCUUCCAUCAUCGUGGUACCGCCAUCCAGAAAUCGCUUGAAGGCCUUUACCGUGGAAUACUAGGCCAAAUUUUGGAGCAAUCUCCCCAGUCCUUAUUUGUGAUCCAUCCAAAUCUUUCGCAGACUUACAGAGAAGUUGUUCGCAACUACAAUCUUGGGACUCUUUCUUCGGAUUUGGCAGCUUUGGUCAGUUCAUGUGAGGUUACUCAAGACGAGGAGAUUUCGAGACAGCUCCAACAUGUUUUGCUGUGUGAAAUGCCCCGCAAAGCUUUUCGUACAAUGGUCAUGGAUUCAAGGCAAGCCAGUGGUGCAAUUGGCAAAGAUACGGAUACCUUAGAACAGAUAUUUCAGCAUCGAGACCACUUGCAGCCGACUUCGACAUAUGCUACAAUCAUAGUUCGCAGAGACAAGAACAGAAAUGCCUCCACUAGCUUGGCUCUUUGGAUUUCCCAAAAAUUAGUAUUCACCCACGACAUAACCAACCAGGAGACGGGUGGAUUUGUGACCGUUGAUCUUUUAAUUUCUAGAAACACAAGCGCUUCUGCAAAAUCUAUGCUCAAAAGCAACAAACCUGUCUUUGCGACUCUGGAUCUUUUUAUUUCACAAAGACGAGUUUAUACCACCGACAUCUUCUACGGUAAUGACGAUGAGAAACUUGCUACUCUGGGCAUCUUUGCUGAGGUAAAGGUUUUUGCUUCGGAAAAACUGAAAUAUUCCACAAUGGUCGGAAAGGAUUACUUUUCAGCUUCAAAUUCCGAAAUUAAAUGGCCAAAUGGAGAACAAAUCGAUUCUACGAUUCAAGAUUGGCUAGUAGCCAUUGAUCCAGUAGAACAAUUCUCGCAGCUCAAAACGCUACUACAAAAUCGCACGAAACAGCAUAAAUAUCACCACAUUGAUAAGUUGGUCAAGGAAACUCUCAUCCGAUGUUUUUAUCGAAAAGCACAGCAGCGGCGCAUUGAGGCAGGACAUUGGAGUCUGCAACAACUCAGCGACGCCAUGGAUAGGGUCGCCAGUCAACGUUUGAUUGACCUGGAUCUUUGCUUACUCCUCGAUGCUUUAGACGAGCACGAUGGACCGCCCGAAGUAAUUUGUCAAUUUAUCAAGAAACUCACUACCGCUAUGGGCAGUCGAACUAGAAUGAAGAUACUGUUCUCCAGUCGACCCUGGCAGUCAUUUAUUGAUGCUUUUGGGCAAAAUUCUGGGAUUCAAAUACAUGACUUUACCGAGGGCGACAUUCGCGAACUUUGCUUGGAAAAGGCAGUCCCUGAUAAACCAGGCUCGGAAGCAGUACUAGAAUUAACCGAAAAGAUUGUCAAACAGGCUAGAGGUGUCUUCCUGUGGGUCAAGCUGGUGAUAAGCGAUCUUUUGGAGAAUGCUGCCAGGCUGGCUGUUGCUGGAUACAGUUUAGAGCAACUUCACGCAACGCUCAUUGACAUUUUAAACUCUCUACCCAAUGAUUUAGAGCAGUACUACAAACUCAUUAUUACCAGAAUACCUUCUUCCUACCGCUGGGAGGCCUAUUGCUUGCUCGAGGUUAUCAGCAAAUCAACAGAUACAAUAUUUCUUUCUCAAGUCCCAGAUAUUCUAGCCUGUGCACAAGCAAAUAGCGUGGGGGACCUUUUUGCGUUAAAGGCUAGGUCUCGAGAUGUCGCUCAUCGAUAUUCUGUCGAAGACCUCAGGGCUCACUCAGGCGGCUUGAUUGAGGAUGUCUCUUCAAGCCAGCUCCAGUUGCUUCACCAAACCCUUGUGGAAUUCGUUCAGCUCCCCGAGUUUAAAAAGGUCGUUCUCGAAGAUAGGUAUCGUAUUAUGAAGGAGAAUGGUUAUUCAAUACUUUUGAAGUAUACAAUUUUCAGGGAAGGCCCGCGACACAAAGGAUUUCACGAUCACCAUUCACCCGUGUUGACUGUGAGCAGUAAAGCCCUCUAUUACGCACGGGAAGCAGAGUCUACUACAGGAGAAAGCGCUUUUGCCCUCUUUCAGCAUGUGGUCUGGGAGCCACCAGAAGGAGGUAAUUUUCUUCCGAAACUUGAACAACAGAAGUACACGACCCUGGAGAUUGCCCUAGCUUAUGGAUUAAAGUUGCUCUGUAGCGAUGCCUUGAAACGCGAUGCUCGUGUUAAUGCUGACAGAGCUCCGCUGGUAUUUCUUAUAUUGCGAAAUAUGAUUCAAAAGGGAAGAAUUGAUAGUGCCAGCGCUCUCAAUACGCUCAAAGAUAUGGUGGCUCAAGGAUUCCCGAUCCACAACAGCCAUAUAGGCUUCCUGACGAUACUAAGUCAUCAACAUAACGAAGCAUCAUGGGUAGUCAAGGAAGGCGUUGCAUCAAACGUGGAUGUCAAUCCCUUGAUAGCCUUCUGUCAGGAGGUGCUGGACACAUUCUUCGAAUCGGGUUUCAGCAUUACGUGUCAAAUGGAAGGCUUGGCGGUUGAUGAAUUUGCUCUCUUUAGGCAGUCUAUGAGACUGCGCGGCAUAAAAGAUACCGUCCAGGCCAUUCACAUUUCUAGUCAUCAUGAAAUUACGAGGCAUCUUUUAGAGAACGGCGCCAGUCCUAACGAACUGACCACGGAAAGGCUGACCCCGAUCGACUGCUGGAUAAAAGGCAAUGCAGAGAAUACAUUUCCUCCAGGAGCUGGCAAUAUUGUGCUGUCUAUUACGGUUCUCAUCGAGCAUGGAGGGCGCCUAAACGUGUGUACUCGAAAGGAAUGGAAAAGCCUGGUACAAUCUCUAAGUACCACUACCCACUUCAACCUUCCGCAAUGUCCUGGAUGGCUUGACGGAGCACCGGGUGCAAGUCGAUGGAUCGAUAUCGACAUACGAGAUGCUGGGAGGCGUUCUGGAAACCUGUUGAAAUUAUUGAAGCGCAAAUGA